AGCCUGGUGGCGUAUUAAUAAUUAAUAUUCAUGAUCUUAAGCUUUGGCUGUAGUAUUAGUGUUCAGUCUUCAGAGAGACGACGCACUGCGCAUGUCAUUGCAAAAGAUAAACGACAACUGCAUGACCACAGAAGCGCUCCCUAAUAUUGAUCCAUUCAGGUGUAAAAAAUGGGGAAGGCUAUUUCCCACCUGCCGAAGCAUACUUGUCAUGAUGAGUGUAAGGACAGCCUGACCUCAUCGCCCGGGUACAGUGCCAUGCAGAGUGAUGACAAUAAGAACGGGGGAGACGUGUCUCAGUUCCCUUACGUGGAGUUCACUGGCCGAGACAGCGUCACCUGCCCCACAUGCCAAGGCACUGGAAGGAUCCCGCGAGGCCAAGAAAAUCAGCUGGUGGCCCUGAUCCCAUACAGCGACCAGAGGCUGAGACCAAGAAGAACCAAACUGUACGUGACCGCUUCGGUCAUCGUGUGUCUGCUGCUUUCCAGCCUGGCUGUGUUCUUCCUGUUCCCACGUUCCAUUGAUGUCGACUAUGUGGGAGUGAAGUCGGUCUACGUGUCCUAUGACAAGAGCAAACGCAUUGUGUAUCUCAAUGUCACUAACUCAUUGAAUAUUACAAACAACAACUAUUACUCGGUGGACGUGGCCAACAUCACAGCCCAGGUGCAGUUUUCCAAGACUGUGAUUGGAAAAACCCGCAUUAGCAACAUAACCACUAUUGGCCCUCUGGAUAUGAAGCAGAUUGACUACAUGGUGCCCACCACUAUUGCAGAUGAAAUGAGCUAUAUGUAUGACUACUGUACCCUGCAGAGCAUCAAAGUGCACAACAUUGUGGUUAUGAUGCAGAUAACCGUCACUACUGUGUACUUUGGCCAUGCUGAGCAGGUGUCUCAGGAGAUGUACCAGUAUGUGGAUUGUGGAGAAAACACUACUGCUCUGCAUGAGUACAGUCUGAAUACUCCUUUGGGAGGUUAGAGCUGAGCCUGAUAGUGUAACCCGUCACCCUGUCCCUCACCGCUCCACUCCAUGUGUCAUUGUUUUGGCAAAACUGGUUGAGGGUUUACUGCACUUCUGCUAGUUAACCACUAGAUGUCAGGCUGUUUUCAAUUCACAAAUGAUGCACUUUAUGGUCCAUGUUCUCCAAGCAAUAUGAACAUUGCGAGGUCUUGUAGUUCUCAUUCCAAUUCACUUUGCCAAACUGAAUCGUUUGUUAUUGUGACGGUACAAAUUGCAAUUUGACAAAGUUCCCUUUUUUCAAGCAGUAUUUAAAAUGAUGUAAUGAUGUAUUUGACGACCAAAUGUGCUUUGGGUUAUUAUAUUUAUUUCUAUAAUUUUGAACCUAAUAUUAAUUUUGGUUUCAGUGACGGGAUCAAUCUUAACCCAAAUACCCUAAAAGGAGUUUUUGCAAUGGAAAUAUUCUGGAAAAUUGGGUUACCCGAGUUGCUGUUAAUGCCUCGCGCCACAGAUUUGUUUCAAACGCAGAAGCUGCAUUACAUAAUGCUGUUUUAUAAGGGGCAUAUUUGUGAUUACUUUCAGCUACUAUGUGUGUUUCAUACAAAAGGAUCACGUGACACCAGAGGGAAUGUCACUGCAGAUAGUGCACAAGUUGGUAAAAGUAAACUGCUUUGAUCUAUUUAUUUUGUUUGCACUUUGAUAGCAUAGUUUCUCAUUGUUACAGUUUAUAAUCUGUCGAUCUCUCCAUGAGAAAAUGCCUCUAAAUGCAAACUGAUAAAGCACUAAUUAUGUAGAACAACAAUCACUGGGAUCUGAGAGCAUCCGGCUGCUUGCAUGAUAAGAGGAUAGUAUGAAAUGAUCAUUCCCAUUUCUUAUAAUGUUCAGAAUUUAAAUGCAUUUUACGGAAAUGUAGAAGUUUGCUCAUUAAAACUAGAUGUGAUGUUUAGAUUGAAAGAACCUUGAUAACAUUUUUAACAUUUCUCAGACUGGAACUUUACAUUUUUAAACAUUUUAAUCAUGUUGUAAAGGAGCUCCACAGAUUAUUUUUGCUUAAAGAUGGUCUAUUUACAUUGUGAUAGAAGUGGCUGCUAACAUGACGUGGCAUUUUUGCAGUUCAUAACAACCGCUGGCUUAAUGUACAUGUUUAUAUGUAACACUUGUGAUUUUUGAGAAAAGUGGUUUGGACUGCUUUAGAGAUACACUGAAAUGACAUGAUGCUGACUGGUUUCCAUUAAAUAAACCUGUUUGGAGUCA